AUGGGAGGAAUGCAGUUGAGAGUGCAGACUUUGGUUUUGCCAAACAAUGUUCCCGGUCCCCCCAGGGCAGCCAGUAGCCAGCAUGUUGCUCAAAACUACCAAUUUCUCGUAGUAUUCGAGGGCUGCAGCACAGUUGCUUCAAGCAACAUUCUUGGCUUGCUUCUUCCACUCUUGCCCACCUCUGCUGUCUUCAGCAGCUUUAUCGAGCAGAGCCUAUUUGGCUUCAACCUUGGUAGCCGCGUUGGGUUCUUCAGGCCACUUCAGCCGCAGCCAAUAUCUCACGCGCGGAAGCGACCACUUGAGCUUCAACCCCGGGCGUCAACCUAUUGA